AUGUCGAAAGUCACUGCGUCGCAGGGCUCCGAAAUGUUUCACCAAGUACUCGACUGGUACCCAGAACUUUUGGACCCCAUCGACCGCCCAGUGCACCAUCUGAUCACAUUGCAGUCGGGCAAGCACCCAAAUGAUCUAGCCGUGUGUUCAUGGGAUGGCGAACUUUCAUAUAGUGAUCUUGAUGAGCUUUCAAACUUGCUAGCGAGUCACGUUUUGUCAAAGGCAUCUGGAGUUGAGUUCAUCGUGCCUUUGGUUUUCGAAAAAUCGAAAUGGAUGAUAGUUAGCGUGUUGGCUGUUUUGAAAGCCGGCGGUACAUUUGUCAUGCUCGACCCAUCUCAGCCCCUAGGAAGGCUUCGGGCUAUCGUCGAGCAGACCCUCGCGGUGUUCGCCAUGGCCUCGCCAGACUGUAUCGAAAUUGCAGAGUCUUUGGUGGGGGAUACUUUCGUGGUAAGUGAAACAAGUAUGGCUGCUUCAGUGGCAGCAGCAUCUCUGCCACAAGUCGAUAUCAGCACAGCAGCGUAUACAAUCUUCACUUCUGGAAGUACGGGAACGCCUAAGGGAGUCAUCAUUGAGCAUGCCCAACUUGCUACUACUUCCACAUACGUCGGUGAGAGGUUAGGGUACAACAAUCACUCGAGAGUUUUUCAAUUCGCGUCCUACGCAUUCGACGCCUGUCUCACUGAUAUCUUUGCCACGCUGGUGCAUGGUGGCGUUGUCUGCAUUCCGUCUGAGUGGGAGCGCAGUAAUGCUAUCAUAGACGCCAUGAAACGAAUGCAGGUUACCCACGCCAAGUUCACUCCAUCAUUAGCUUCAAGUCUGUCUAUCGAUGAGGUUUCGAGCCUGAAAACGUUGAUGUUUGGGGGGGAAAGCCCUUCGUCUUCACUGGUUGGGAAGUGGGCACAGAGAUUAAAGCUGAUCCUUGUUUAUGGACCGACUGAGUGCUGUGUUAUCUGUUUCACCACUGAUGCUACUGAUCAUCACAUUGCUCCUGGAGAAAUUGGAAGACCAGUUGCAGCUCGCGGAUGGAUCGUGAAACGGGAUAAUGCAGACGAACUUGCAGCUAUCGACGAAAUCGGCGAGCUCCUCGUUGAGGGUCCAUUGGUUGGUAGAGGAUAUCUUCACGACCCUGAGAAAACUAUGGCACAGUUUAUUGAGAAUCCACAGUGGAUGCCGAAGUCUUUCGCCGCCAGCAGAAAAAGACGUCUAUACCGAACAGGCGAUUUGGCAAAGUAUCAAGAAGACGGCCGUAUCACUUACGUGGGCAGAUUGGAUAACCAGGUGAAAAUCCGUGGACAGAGGCUGGAGCUUGAAGAAGUAGAAAAGAUACUGAGCAAGUGCCUCCAUGAGCUCGACUUACAUUCCCGCCAUGUUGUUGUCGAGGCUGUCACGUUUCGAGAACUGGCUUUGAAACACCUGGUUGCUUUCCUUUGUUUCGAUAACAGCCUCAAUUAUGGCUCCUUCGAGUGGGGUAACCAAAGUAUGGAGAUAGCUACGUCCGAACCAGCACAAGCCCGGUUCUCCGGCAUGACAGCUAAAGUUAAGGAUGAAAUAAGGAAGCUUUUACCAGCAUACGCCAUUCCUUCCGUCUGGGUUCCAGUGAGCGACUUGCCUUACACAAUCUCACGAAAGGUUGACAGAAAGAAAAUCCGGACGGCAGCUGCAGACUUUUCAAUCAAGGACUUCAGUACUUUUGCCAAUCCUGUAUCCAAACGCACACAAGAUGAUACAAUAGAACACGUAUCGGAGCAAGAGAGGAAUAUUCGGCGGAUGUGGGCCGAUAUCUUUGGCAUAUCAGAAGCCUCAAUUGAAUCAGAGGACGAUUUCUUUUCACUAGGAGGGGAUUCUGUCUUGGCCAUCAAACUGAUCGCCACAGCACGCUCGAGUGGAUUUGACCUGAGUCUGGAACGUGUCUUCAAGUAUCCGAUCCUGCGUGAGAUGGCGUCGAAUUCCGGUACCUGUGUGGUCGAAGACCAGGACCUGAUCGAUCCAGCACCAUUCUCGUUGCUUGAGGAUUUGGGGCCUACCACACUCGUACGUCAAGAAGCAGCUCAGCAGUGUUUGGUUUCUAUAGACGCCAUUGAAGACAUAUACCCAUGUUCGCCAAUGCAAGAAGGGCUCAUCGCUUUGUCCAUGAAGGACCCAGGUACUUAUAUCUUACAGUUCGUAUAUCAACUACCAGAACUUGUAGAUAUAGACAGGCUUCAAGCUGCAUGGGAGGCUGUUUCGAAAAGUAUACAAGUUCUCAGAACCAGAGUUUUCGACUAUAAGUCUGCUCUAUUGCAGGUCGUUGUCAGAGAGCCCCUCAGAUGGAAAGUUGUUGAAGCGGACCUCGCAGAUUUUUUGGUUGCCGAAAAGGGUCUUCAGAUGAACGUAGGAGAAGCAAUGUCUCGUCAUUCUGUGGUGCAUCAGACACGGUCCCAGCAUUACUUCCUCGUUUGGAACGUGCACCAUGCGUUUAUUGAUGGAUGGUCCGAAUCAGACGUUGUCAUCCUAGUGGAGCAGGCGUACUUUGGAGACACCUCGUCUUUGUCGAAAAUCCCAAGGUUCAAUCGCUUUAUUAGAUACAUUGGGAACCAAAGUACCUCAACUGGUGAGACAUUCUGGAAGGAAGGACUUGCUGAUGCGCCAAGACCGACAUUCCCACCCCUACCGCAUGCCAGUUACGUGCCGAAAGUCCAGCGGUCGAGCCGUAUUUUGCACCACCUGGAGUCCCAUGCGGAUGCGGAAAUUCAGCACAGGGUUCGCUUGGAAAAACGUGGCAAUGCAACUCCAGCCACCAUGAUACAGGCAGCCUGGUUCAUCUUGAUAGGCCUCUACUCAAACACCAACGAUGUCAUCACGGGCGUCACGCUGAAUGGACGGGCUGCACCACUUCCUGGGAUUGAUCAGAUUCCAGGACCAACAGUGACCACAAUUCCUUUCAGAGUACGUUUCUCAUCAAAACAAAGAGUUUCAGAAUUGCUCGCUGGUAUUCAAUCGCAGUAUCUGAGGAUCCUACCGCAUGCUCAAUUUGGACUGCAAAAUAUCAGAGCUCUUAGCGAUGAUGCUGUCGCGGCUUGCAAGUUUAGAACCUUACUGGUGGUGCAGUCUGCCAAUCGCCCUCAUGGGUCUCAAAAGCUCUUGAUGGGACGGAGCUAUUCCUUUCCCGUUAUGGACUUCGCGCUGGUAAUGGAAUGUGAACUGGUUAAGGGCAACGUUGAAUUUCGUGCCACGUUCGAUCAUCAGAUCCUGGGCGAGGAUCAAGUCAGGAAGAUGCUUGCGUUGAUGGAAAACAUCCUGCAGAGUAUUUUCAAGAGCACUUCAACCGAUACUGUUGGCCACCUACAAGAGCUUUCCCGCGGAAACCAGUCCGAAAUCGCUUAUUGGCACCGACGAAUUGCAGAGCAGGAAAACCGCGAGCUCCAACAGUUACCAAAGGGUGGCAUCAAGACCAGUCCACGACCCUCAACACCCAAAGAGAAGAAACUUGCCACGAUGUGGAGAGAGCUUUUUAAUCUUCAUACAGAAAUUAUCAAUGCCGGCGACCAUUUCUUCCUUCUCGGCGGUGGAAGUGUUUCAGCUAUGCGACUUGUGUCAAUAGCGAGAAGACAGGGCUUGACAUUGACAGUGAGCGAUAUCUUCAAGAGACCGAUCCUCCGUGAGAUGGCAAUGUUAGCCAAAGAAAAUGCUAUCACCACAACAAUUCCGCCGUUUUCAUUAUUUCCUGACGUUGAUUUAGAUAGAGUGCUACGCCAAGCUGCGUCUCAAUGUCGUGUUGGUGUUACAGAGAUCGAAGAUAUUCUUCCUGCCCAUGCGAUGCAGCUGCACUACGUCACCGGUUAUCCAGAAGCUAAGAGGAAUAUUAACGGCCCCUGGGACUGGCAAUCUCAGGCCACAUACACGCUGCCGCCGACAAUAAAUAUUGAAAAGUUUCAACUAGUAUGGCAUCGUGCAGUUACACGACAUCAAACACUCCGAACCAGAGCCGUCAACACAGACUGCGGCGUUAUACAGGCGAUCUUGAAGCCACCGCGAGACUUGCGCUGGAGAUUCAGCGAUGAACUUGAACAAUACCUUAUGCUAGAUCGGCAGGAGAAUAUGACCUUCGGCGAUGACCUUCUUCGGCUUGCUAUUGUGGACGACAUCAAAUCAGGAACGAGAUAUUUCAUAAUCACCCUCCAACAUUUCAUUUAUGACGGGUUCGCGCGCCAAAUGCUAUUCAAGGAACUGGAGACGGCCUACUUUGAUGAGGUGCCCGACACGAAACCACCAACAAUGAAUGGGUUUAUCAAGUACCUGAUGACUGCAAACAAGCAAGCGGCUCUAGAGUACUGGACCGGAUAUCUAGCAAAUGUACGGACAAAGCCGUUACUGGACGUUCCCGAGAACUGCUAUAAGAUGAACUUGAAGGAGGAAUCAACUACUAUGAAUAUUCCUAAGUUUCAAGGGACUGAAGCUACCUUGCCAACCAUCAUCGAAGUGGCAGGUGGCCUAGUGCUCGCUCAUGAACUUGGCUGCCAUGAUGUAAUCCUCUACUCCGAUCGCUCGGGCCGCAAUCUGCCUGUCGAGGGUAUCCAGGACCUGAUCGGCCCAACGACUCUGUUUCUUCCGGUACGCAUCCGUUUCAAUAAGGACCAGAGCUUACUAGAUCUCUUGCGAGAAGCGCAACUGGCGCAGCAAGAGAUGCUGCCGCACGAACAUCUGGGAUGGUUGGAGUUGAGAGAAAUGGCAGCCUUUCGACACUUCUACCGCCACGCUAUCAAUAUGAAUAUCAACCCAAACGCCCUGAGUUCGUACGACCGCCUGGGACUCGAAUACCAGGGAUCUCAUGCCAGUUGCGAUGACCCUUUCGGAAUCAAUGUGGACCUGUACGAUGACAAGAUUGUGUGGACUAUCUAUUUCGACGAAAGAUUCAUCGCUAGCGAGAAAGUCCGAGAGCUGCUGUCCAAGUUCAAGAACCUUCUGACUAGGAUGAUGGAAGCUGUUGACGAAAACUGCUGUGUUGGCCAAUUCCUUGAUGAGAUUUUGCCGCAGGACGUUCGGAUAGGCUAG